ACCGGUUUAGUUUCAAGUUCAAGACAAUUUUUUUUUUUUUUGGAUUAAGAAAUGAAGAUGUGGGCGAUUGUGUUUACAGUGCUUUACUUUGGAGCUAUAAAUGUCCAUGCAGCGCCUGAACCAAAAGAUGACAAAGUUUUCAACGUUACGAUGACAAUGGUGAAAGUCGGGGUAAUAAACAUGGAUGUGAACGCAGUUUGCAGAGCUGCUGGAUAUGUGACUCCGGCCGAACUUGCUGCAUACACCACCACUACCGAAGAAAGCGUGACGUUAAUAGCCAUAAGCGAUUCGGGAAAGGGAAGUGAACCCAUAACUACGACCGAACAUUAUACAACAGUUGAAGAAACUACGACUGUUAAAGAAGGGAGCAUAAUAAAAACGAUGAGUGGCAUAUUAACGAAAGUAUCCGGUACAACAGCUACUACAGAAGAAGCUACUACUGGUACACCCGAGAACACAGUAACAACGAGUGACAUAACAACGACAGAACAUGAUACAAAAUUUACGACAGAAGAAACUACUACUGGUACACUAAGGAACACAAUAAUAACGCGUGGCAUAUCAAUGAAAGUAUCUGGUACAACUGCUACGAUAGAGGAAGAUAGUACAAAAACACUAAGGAGCACGAUAACAACGAGUGACAUAACAACGACAGAGCCCGGUACAAAAACUACAACAGUAGAAGAUACUUCUGAAACACUAGGAAGCACGAUAACAGUGAGUGGCUCAUCAACGACAGAAUCUGGUACAACAGCUACAACAGAAGAAGAUACUUCUAAAACACUAGGGAGCACGAUAACAGCGUCUGGAUCAUCAACGACAGAAUCUGGUACAACAGCUACAACAGAAGAAGAUACUUCAAAAACACUAGGGAGCACGGUAACAGCGACUGGAUCAUCAACGACAGAAUCUGGUACAACAGCUACAACAGAAGAAUAUACUUCUAAAGCACUAGGGAGCACGAUAACAACGAGUGGAUCAUCAACGACAGAAUCUGGUACAAGAGCUACAACAGAAGAAGAUACUUCUGAAACACUAGGGGGCACGAUAACAGCGAGUGGAUCAUCAACGACAGAAUCUGGUACAUCAGCUACAACAGAAGAAGAUACUUCUAAAACACUAGGGAGCACGAUAACAGCGAGUGGGUCAUCAACGACAGAAUCUGGUACAACAGCUACAACAGAAGAAGAUACUCCUUAUACACUGAGGAGCACGAUAUCAACGACAGAACGCGGUACAACUGCUACAAACGAAGGAUCAAGUACUUUUACAGAUGGGAGUACAGUCUCAGAACCGACAACAUCAGAAACAAGAACGCCGACCGCUACAAUUGGGACGCCGAAAGAAUCCGUAACUAGUACUAUGAUCUCAGGCUUCUCUUCCACGAAAGUAGAUGGCAUUUUGACUACGCCAACUGUAGCGGAUGGACCCACCACCUCUUCCGGUUCAACAGAGGAAGUUACAACUUCGACGGCAGCUGGAGACACAUUAUCGACAUCGGAUUCAACUACACCAUCUAAAGGAACUAAAACACAUAGUGAUAAAUUAACUACUUCUUCAGCCACAUCGGUAGAAUCCCAAACGUCAUCCGUAGACGAUAAAUCUACCACGCCUGCAGAAACAACUACGGAAAAUUCGUUCGUGACUCCAUCAACUACAUUAAAAGAAGUAGCAAUCACUCCAGACAUUAUAACACCUAAGAGAAUAACAAAGGAAGAAAGCGAGCCGAUUACAGUAACGGACUCUGUUUCAACUACUACGGAAGAAAAUAAAGUAACAUCUGCUGGCAAGCUUGGAGUUGACGGUGGGCGGCAAAUAAAUUACGGUGUCUACGGAUACCUGGCUCUGUCUCUCCUGCUGGCUGCUAUUAUCAUCUGGAUCAGCUAUAUCAUAUACACUAGGCAUCAAGCCAACAGUUAUGUCUUACCACCGCCUGCCCCGGAGGCCACGCCACUCAAUCACAUCACAACUGCUGCGUAGUAGAUGGAGUUUAAAUAACUG